CCCGCUGCCUGCAGCUGCUCCGUGGUGGCUUUGUGAGAACCGACGCAGAGAGAUCUCUGGCCGGCCGAGUCAGGCCAGGAGGUGAUUUUACUGUUGCAUAUGAGAAGCUGUGAAGCAGAGAGCCAUGCAGAGUUCACCAGAACAUCACCCUGAGUCAAACCCUGCGGCCAUAUCGGCUGCAGAGCAUCAAAAUCACCCUGAGACUCAACCAACGCAAAGCAAACCAGAUGCUCCCGCUCAGACCACAACCGCAGCAGAGGCACCACCAAGUAUGGCCCUAACUCCACCACUGGAGAAAAAGCCUGGUGUCCAGUCACAAGCUGAGUCCCGGGAAAAUAAUGGAAAGUGGGACACGGACCCUACUGCAAAGCCCGAUGCCCAGCCCGAACCAGUUACUGACAGCGUUACAAGUCCUGGAAGUGAUGGGCAGAAAGUGAAGAAACAGGGCAAAGGUGCAAGUGAUGGAAGGAAAUAUGUUCUUUCCAAGAAGGCCAUGGUAGAUCCUCUGAAGAUGGACAUGUCAAAGCCAGUGGUCAUGCCUCUCACGUCGUCUCAGCUCUCUCUGCACUGCAUAGAGUGCCAUAUAAUCUUCAGUGAUUUCAAGAGCAAAGAACGUCACAUCAAGCAGAGCCACCCUGCCGAGUACGAGCAGUGCAUCCUGAGGAAUUCGCUUUUUGCCUGCUACGUUUGUGACCGCCACUUCACAAACUCAGUAGACCUCAUGGCCCACCAGAAGGCCCACCCGGACAAAAAACCCUUCAAGUGUCCGAUCUGCGGUCUGGCCUUUAAGAAGUCGUCAGAGCUUACAACUCAUAAGAAGAUUCACUUUGGGCAGGACGGCUAUGCCUGCAAUGAGUGCGGCAAGUCUUGCAAGACACUGACGUUGUUGAGGUAUCAUCAGCGCACGCACUCAGGAGAGAAGCCUUAUGUUUGCAAGGAAUGUGGAAAGAGGUUCCCCUUACCCAAAUUUCUGCAAAAGCACAUUGAAUCACAUUCCUUAGAUGGAGCUGAAGUAGAUGAAGCGGGCACAGCGUCAAAAGCAAAAAGAAAAACAAAGAAAACUGAUGAUGCUUCUGCCAAAGUUUACCUUUGUUCUGUGUGCGAGGCAACUUUCAAGAGUUCCAAAACACGGCAGCAUCACAUGAAAACGAAGCACAAACUUGCUACAGUCACUAAACCCCCGGUAGCCGGGCUAGAGGUGAAACAAAAUACCCCUGUUAUAACUCCAAUAAGUAUUUCUCAACCGACACUACUGCAAGUGGAGCCCAACGGACCUCUGCAAAAAGUCGACGCCAAUAUUGACACCGAGCAGAUUCGGAAACUUAUUGAAUCGUUGGGAAAUGUGCAGAAAGUGAAUGAAGUGGUUAUACUGGGGCAGGUGCCACCGCAUGCCCCACCACUGCAGGUGCAGCAGGUGUCACAACCAGCAGAAAUGGUUGAUUUAAAUUUGGGUCCACCACAGAUAGAUUUUAUAGGACUGAAACCAGCAGAAUCUAGGACAGUCGUACUGGAUCCUUCAGCUGACCCGAUGGAGCAAACAGUUAUACUGGAGCCUAUUACUCCAGAGGGACAGCUGGAAAAUCCCACCUUCUCUAAUCUAGGCUCUCAUGUAGUGGCAGGAGAACACGUAGAGCUGACCUUCGUUCAGGCUGAACACACUGAAAGACUUGAAGGAGAAGCAAUGCAUCAGAACCCUCAACAGCCUGAGAUUAGCCCAAUGAACACUGAUCCAAGUGUUUGUCAGAAUGAGGCAGCAGAUCUCAAGGAAAACCUUGAGCAAACCUUCAUACUAGAACUCACCCCUGCUUUAAUACCAGCUGAAGAACUGGAACAGUCUCAAACUGAACCACAAAUUGAGGUUAGUUCCUCUUUGGGUCAAACCACAGAGCAGGAAUCUUCUGAUCAGGCUCCAGGUCAUACUGUAAAAGAUGCAAUAGAGAAAAACAUGCCGGUCCCAUCACUUACAACCACAGGUGAGUUUGAACUUACAUCAACACACUCAGAGGAACAGGACCUAUCUUCUUGCCUUUCUGCUCCACCAGAAAUACUCACACAAGCUCCAAGUGAACCUGAAACUGCCUCCAAAGAAAACAUAAAUUCAGAUGCAGAAAAAGUAGAUCUAGAUCAGAUGCCUAUGAUUAAUAAAAAGACAAAUAAAAAGGACAAACAGGAUCUUUGUGAAAAAUUUCCAGCAGAAGACAAGAGUAGCCUCUCUGAAGACCCAGUUGCUAAAGAAGAUUAUCUGUCAAAAUUAGAGACUAAAGAGGAUCAGAAAAACUUUGAGUUACCUGUGAGCGUAAUGUCAGCCCAAGAGUUAGUGAAGGUGCGAAAAAGAAAACCAGCAAGGACGUUUUUUUUCCAAGGAUAUAUGCAUGACCUGGUUGGAUCUAUAUACAAAGACGAUUUUCAGAUUGAUGCCAAGCCCACAAAGCGCCAGCGAACUAAAAAGUCUUGUCUUGUUGUCAAAUUUGGUCCACAAAGCAAGGACAAAAAAUCCAAAAAACAGAAGAAGCCAGAACAAGAACAUCAGCCGAUACAGGACAGUUUGAUAAAAAGUAAAACACCUCCUAAAAAACUCCCUGAGAAAGUACAGAAAGUACAAACACAGAAGAAGACGGGAAAGGGGAAGAAGGAGAAGGCCGAGAACACGUUAUCAGGAAGUGACAUAAAAUCGCCUUCCAUUCAUACUCCACAGGUGAAACAAGUCAAAGAAGAUGUGAAGAAGCAGAAAGUAAAAAAGCAGAAAGAAACUAAGGGAGAUGUAGUGCAUAUCAGUGAGCCGAAACCUGUAGCCCCACAUAUGCUUAAAAAGAAAAAAGCUACAAAACUUUUACAAAAAGAUCAGCCCGAGAGUCCAAGGGAAGUGAAGGGAAAGAAAAACUUGUCAAAAGCACAAAAAGUCAAAAAAGCAGAAGCCAUUGAUUCAAACAUUAAUCAAGACUCUCUUCUUUUACUGAAGGGUCAUAAGCAGCCCCAAUUAAAAGUGUACAAGUUAGACACUUCAAAGCCAUCAGGCCCGACUCAGGAGGAUUCACAUCAUGACUUCCAGUCCACUGAUAAUUUACCGGCAGGUAGGAAGAAAAAAGGUGGAAGAACCCAGAAAAAGGGUCUUUCCCUGUUGUCGUCACUACAAGUUACACGUCAACAACUGGAGACGGUACCCACCAGGCCAAAGACCACCAGGAAGCGUAAAGCGCCUUUGAAUGUUGAAACUGAAGGAGUGAUAACUUCAAAGCGUGCCUUGCAAUGCAAGGACUGUGGGGAGAAAUUCAGUGAAGUUGCAUCACUUCAAAAGCACAAGACAACAGCACACGUCAUUGAGAGUCCUGGCCUCACAUACACCAAUGGAAACAUCUUUGAGGGCGUCUCUGGAUUCGAUCUUUACCGGCUCCCGAAAGAGCAUGGGGGGGUGGUUAGGGUGAUGAAUGCUCCCACAGACUGGGAUACUGAGCCUGAGAUUGGGGAAAUGGCGUUGGAAGACCGUGAUCGAGGUGUCUCCUUUCCAGCUUUAAUUCCAUCUCCAUCCCUACAAAUCCCACUUCAGGAUGUUGAAACUAGUACCCAUGAACACAAGAGUGAAAGUAAAAGUGGGACUGAAGAUCACUUUAGUACCUCCUGUCAUCUUCAGUCCUCAUCUGAUAAACCAAAAAAUAUGGAGACCCAGCCAAAUGUGACAAAAAGCUCUGACACCGGAAAACCUUUAGCAUCAGAUGAGGACAAACAGGAAGAUCCUGCUAAAAACCUCAGCUACGAAUCCAAUGUUCAAGAAAUCUCAGAUGAGGAUUUCAAGGAAGAUUUACUUCUAGAAGUAGAUUUGGUCACUGUUGGAGAGCAGGAAGAGAGAGAGGAUCCUGUUCCCCAAAUUGAAUCCAACAGAGUUUACAGGUCUAAGAGUGAAAUCACUGACAAGGGCCAUGAGCAAGUCAACAAUGAGACAAGAGAAAUUAGUCUAAGCUCUCAGACUGUGUCAUGUUCUACCCAUCAUGUGGAAGUCAAAGAAGAGGAAGAGGAAACUCUGGUCCAGAAGAGAAAAGAGACAGAGAAGGAAGUUGCUGUGACAGGUCAGAAUAGAAGAGCAGGACUUCUCAACAAGGAUGUGAUGUCAAAUAAAAGUUCAGGACAGGAGUUAGAGCAUGAAAAAGAUGAAUGCCGGAUAGUUUAUGAGAAACAACCAAUUUUCUCUGAUUUAGAAACCGUUGACCGAGAGAUUAGCACAAAGACGCAGACCAGUCCUGAGUUCAACACCAUCAAAGGUACUCUCCCUGCUCCAUCUUUGCCUUCUGUCUGUGCAACUGUCGAAGAGUCCUCUGAAGAAGCUGUUGGAUUGGAGCUGGGGUCCCUUACCCCUAGUUUAGAGGAGGUGAUGAAUGACAGAGGGCCGCAGGGAGAAGAGGAGAGAGAGAGUGACCAGUCUCCAGGCAUCAUCCUGGAGAGGUUCCUUACCUCUAGGGAAAGAGAAACAGCUGACAGGGAGACAAGCUUGGCAACAGGAAGGAGCAGUCAAGCACAGGGUUUGGGCAGCAUUGCUGAAAAUGAGGUUCAAGUUCUCGGAGACCAGGAGAUCAAAGUUGAAGAGAACAGCUCAGAUCCUCUGUUUGUUGCACCUACCUGUCAAAGGGGACAGCGCUCCAGUGUGCAGCCAAAGCAUCAUCAAGAUAUAAGAAGCAUCUUGGUGAAAGAGGAAAGAAACUCUUUGGUGAAUGAUACCCAGGGUGUGCAAGGAAGUAGGCGCAUGCGAUGGAAUGUGGAACCAGUAAACAGUGAAAACACAAAUAUUCCACAGACAGAGAGUGAGGAAACAAUGAAGGACUGUCGUAUCACUCCGGACUUCAAUUCCAACCAGUGUAUCUUUUACCCGGUAAAGGAGGAGGUGAGGGAGGUCCUACUGGAGGCCACCACAACCAGCACAGGAAGUUCAACCCCUGAGGGGUCUGGUAAUGCAAACCCCACAGACCCUCAGAGUGCAGAUUCUAAUGCAAAUGAAAGAAGAUCAUCUCCGCCGAGCUAUCAGGAGUCAGGAGUACCAGGUCUUCCUUCCGAACGAAAUGUCGGUGACUUAACAGAUGGACAUGCCGCAUCAGACUCUGAGUGGCAGCACCCAUCAGAUCUCCGGGACUUUCUCCUCCAGGGUUCUGAUGACGAAGACACGAGUAGUUUUGAGUUAUCUGAGCCUCAACUGGACAAGGAAGCAGAAAUUAUGGCUUACUUCAACCAGGACCAAACAAGCAGCAACCAGCUGCCACAUCAGGCCUCUUUAAAAGGUUUGCCAAAUUCACCAAAGCAUGUUCAAGCACCACAUGUUGACAACAGGACAAAAAAGCCUAUUGAUUACUUCUCUGAAUAUUUUAGUUGGGAUACAUGGGUAGAAAUUGCCAGUUGCACAAAUAAACUUUCCAAGAUGCCAAAUCCUGUGACAUGCAGAGAAGUUGCACACUUUGUUGGCAUACAUGUUGCGAUGGGAACCCUAAAGUUUCCCAGUGCAAAGCUCUAUUGGGAAGACCUAACGAAAGUGCCGUUGAUAGCUGAAGCCAUGUCGCUGAACCGAUUCCUCGAGCUGUCUCACAUGUUGAAGCUUUGUUCUUCAAACGAUCCAAAAGAAAAUGUUAAAGGUCAACAGCUGGGUAAUACUCACCGAAGCAGUCAAAGUUUAGUUUCUGACCAUAGUGACAGUCGGUGCUCGGCUGAUUCGAACAGUUCACAAACACAGGCUGAUCCGCUAUGGAAGGUUCGUCCAUUGUUGCAUCGUUUCAAUGCAGGAUGCCGGUCCCUAAGACAGCGGGGGGAUUAUGCUGUAGACCAGUACCCAGUAGCUCUAACUGGGAAGAUUUAUGACAGCAGGCCCUCUCUGUACUGCACUACAUUAAUCGGGCUUAAUGGUUUAAUCACACACAUGGAUCUUGAACUGGAUCUUUCAGAGAAACAAGACACAAUAGAAAAAAUUGUCCCCAAAGGGAGUAUGGUGUUUCUCUGUAAACAGGAACUCUCCACCCCUGCCACGCUCGAGUGCCUUUUAGCUGCUGGGAUCCACGGAGCCGGCAGGGUGGGAGGAGUGCGGGGACAGAUCGGGGAUGAGUUUGUGAGCUCUGAUGGAAAGUUGAUGUUGCACAGAACACACUGCGGCUUCAUACUUUCUACCGCCGGGAAUGGUCAGAGGAACAUGGUCUCACUCAUUGACAGCUUCGAAAAGGCCCAGAUGUCAGCUCGUCUCAACAGAGAUUUGCAAAAUCUGUACUCUACCCCAAUCAUGGUGUCCUCGCCAACCUGCUGGCCCCAAGCGGUCCUGUGGCACCUCACAGAUGUGGCCCUGGUGAACUCCUGGCUCCUGUACCGGCAGGAUCAAAGAGCAGCAUCUGCCCCUCUGACGUUCAUUGCCUUCAGACUGGAGGUGUCCAAGGCUUUGAUUCUCUCCAGCGGCUCAGACACCCAGGACUCAAUUCCCCCUCAGCCUCCUGAGGAAAAUGCUUACCAUGCAACAAGCGAAACUCCCAGUCCAGUCCUGCUGGAGGAGAGUCCUCUGCCAGACGCAGCAACACGGUACGACGGUUCUGGCCACUGGCCGGAGCAGCUUGCAGAGGGAGAAGGCGGCAGGUGUCGCUUUGGGGACUGUCAAAGAACAUCGCGAGUGCUAUGCCUUAAGUGCUGCGUCUUUCUUUGUAUCUCACGCAACCACAACUGCUUUUUGAAUUUUCAUAAUCAAGAGAGUCCACAAAAUAAGUAGUGGGCCGCAGUGGUAGGGCGUCAUCCUGUAACCGGUGGGUUGCCGGUUCGAGCCCAGCGACGUCCGUCUCAGACGUUGUGUCCUUGGGCAAGACACUUCACCCUACUUGCCUGCUGAUGGUGGUCAGUGGGCUCAGUGGCAGCCUCACUUCUGUCACUCUGCUUCAGGGCAGCAGUGGCGACGAUUUAGCUUACCACUGUCAGUGUGUGGAUGACUGAUUGUAGUGUAAAGCGCUUUGGGGACCUCAGACUUGAUAAAGCGCUAUACUAGUACAGGCCAUUAACUGUCUUCACCCUGUGUUUUUAAUAACUUGCUGUCUGAUUUUAGAAUGUACGUCUGUCUUUAUGAUGUAUGUAAAAACUGCUCCCCCAUCCUUACAUUUUUUACAUGAUGGCUUUUACUGGCAGUGCCAUGACUUAUUUGGACUGUUGCUAUACAGUUUAAACGGGUGAUUUGUUGUGGCUUAUUAACUCAUUGGGCAAUUGUAAAUAGAGAUUCGCCUUCAGAUGGAAAUAAAACAAAGAAAACGUCUUCAUUCACUGUGUUGCAAAACAUUGUAAGCAGAAUUUUUUUAGUUGUAUCUCAUGUUCUUUUUACAUGAUCUAUUUUUUAGUCAUGAUGACCUUAUUUUCAAUUCCAUAAAUUAUAGUGUUAUUCCAAAUUAAAAAGACAAUAAAAAUCAAUGGAGUGAAAACUUA